AUGGUUGGGGAUCACUGCAGCCUCCCCGGUGAACGGCCCGUCCUCGCCCAGAGUCCCAAACCCGGAUUAAGCUGCAAAAUGGUCCUGCAGGCGGUGGGCAAAGUGCUGCGGAAGUCCAAGGGAAAGCCAAAUGGUAAAAAGCCAGCACCAGAGGAGAAGAAACUUUACCUAGAGCCAGAAUACACAAAAUCCAGAAUUACUGACUUCGAAUUUAAGGAGCUAGUGAUGUUACCACGAGAAAUAGACCUCAACGAGUGGCUAGCCAGCAACACAACAACUUUCUUUCAUCACAUCAACUUACAGUAUAGUACAAUCUCAGAAUUCUGUACGGGAGAGUCCUGUCAGACCAUGGCAGUGUGCAAUACACAGUACUACUGGUAUGACGAGCGGGGAAAGAAGAUCAAGUGCACUGCUCCUCAGUACGUUGACUUCGUCAUGAGCUCAGUGCAGAAACUAGUGACAGAUGAGGACGUCUUUCCAACGAAAUACGGCAAGGAAUUCCCAAACUCAUUUGAGUCCCUAGUGAAGAAGAUCUGCAAGUAUCUGUUCCAUGUGCUGGCCCAUAUCUACUCCUCACACUUUAAGGAGACUUUGGCACUGGAGCUGCACGGACAUUUAAACACACUCUACACACACUUUAUCCUAUUCAUCAGGGAGUUCAACCUCGUGGACCCUAAAGAGACCACCAUCAUGGAUGACCUCACAGAGGUCCUCUGCAGCAGCAGCGGGAGCAGCAGUAACGGGAGCGGCAACGGGAGCAGCAACAGCGCAGGAGCACAGAACCACGUGAAAGAGAGAUGAGCCCUGCUACAGGAUCAAAACUAACAUUAAAAACAAUAUUAUAUAUUCUGUGUGUAUGUAUAUGUUCAGAUAUACAUACAGACAUAUACAGCAAGGAAAGCUGAAAGGAGUUACGCUGCGACCGCAGGAGGUGUGCCGGGACGGACUGCACGGAGAUUUGGUUUAAUGCGCCACCUGGCGAGAAGUUGCACCAAUUUUAUUUUAUUUUCUGUCCACUCCUCCUCUUACUUACGCAGAUGGAUGAUGAGUGCUGUUUUUAGAGAAGAGCCAAGCCUGAGAGUGGGGCCACUCUUGGUUUUCUUUGUUUUGUUUUGUUGGUUGGUUGGUUUUUUGUUUUCCUUUCUUUGGUCUUGAGUGCAAGCCGUUGUCUUUCUAGGAUGGUGGUCCUGCCAUUUAAAAAAUAUCUAUUAUAUUAUAAGAAGUGACUUUUACUUUGAAGUGGCUUAAAAUGCAGGUUUGUUUGGGUUGGGUUUUUUUUUUGGGGGGUGGGGGUGGUUUUUUGAUUCGGUUUUACAUAGACUGCCCCUUACCCUGCCAAGAACUCCCCAGUUGAGUGCAUUUUGCCCUUUGUUAGCUUGGAAUGGGAAGAAACUCCUGGCUUGACUGGAGCAGCAGCUAGGGGCUUGCCACAUGUUGAAAGUGGGCAUGAUUGUCCAGUUGUCCCAUCACCCUGGUCACAACAUGUGACCAUGCAAGAGGAUCCACAAGCCUUUCUGCUUAUUGCUCCUACAACAUAUAUUCUCUUUUCUCUGCUCCCCUGCCUCCUCUUUUCCCAGGCACACCUCUACAAAUGGAAAGGGUAAGGGAGUCCAAAACCCAUGUGCAAGAGCCACCACCAUUUGCUUCCCACUGAACAGAGGCCCAGGGAGGGGGGAGAAGGGUACAUUGAGUCAGUCACCGCCUGUGCUAGAAAGAUGGCUGUUGGCAUAAAAUUAUAUUGUUGGCUUAUUUUAGUUCAUCUGUUCUAUAAUAAUAAAAACAAAUCUAUUGGCCACAA